GACUAUCCUGCUACUUCUUCCCCUCGGAGGGAAACCCUAGCUUUCCACCCCAAUCAAGCUCCCCAGACCUGGCUACCGGAUCUCAGAUUUUCCGUUGUAUAAUUUGAGUUUUUUUUCCAGCUUAGGUUAUAUCUGUAGUAUAUGUGGAUCGGAUUUAGUUUCGUAGUUUUUCAUUAUUGUAAUUCUCAUUCGUCGUAGAAUAAUGAAUGAGAUACAUGUUUUUUUCCACUUAUUUUUGUGUUGCUGUUAAUUUCAUGCGUGAAUCCUUGUACUGCAACGUUGUAACUGAUGUAUCUUAGAGAGGAUUAAGGGGUUUCUUUUGGCUGUGAGAAUUAUCUAUGGAGAUGCAAAAUUCUCGUAGGCCAUUUGACAGAUCGAGAGUGGAGCCAGGGCCAAAGAAGCCAAGGUUAACUGAAGAUCCACCCACGGAUCGUAUAUCGAAUGGAGGAAGUUUGAUACAGACACGCUUGGCGGCCGCCAGUCAGGCAGUUGCAAGAUUCAGAGCUAGCGAAAGGGGAGGAGAUUCGGAUAACAGUGAAUCGGGUCGUGGAUCAUAUCCACAACCACAGCAGCAACACAAUCAUCAGGAGCUGGUUAGUCAGUAUAAGACUGCUUUGGCCGAGCUGACUAUCAAUUCGAAGCCAAUAAUUACCAAUCUGACUAUCAUUGCUGGAGAGAGUAUGGCAGCUGCAAAGGCUAUUGCAGCCACGAUCUGUACCAAUAUUCUUGAGGUUCCCAGUGAUCAAAAGCUGCCAUCUCUCUAUCUUUUGGACAGUAUUGUGAAGAAUAUUGGGAGGGAUUAUAUUAAGUAUUUUGCUAUCAGACUACCUGAGGUUUUCUGCAAGGUUUAUAGACAGGUGGAUCCAUCAAUACAUUCUAGCAUGCGGCAUCUUUUUGGAACUUGGAAGGGCGUCUUCCCUCCACUAACUCUUCAAUCAAUAGAGAAGGAGCUUGGAUUUACAGCAGUCAAUGGUUCAGCUUCAGGAACAACUAGAAAUGAUUCACAGACUCCUCGACCUGCACGUAGUAUUCAUGUGAACCCCAAGUAUUUGGAGGCUCGGCAGAGCCUACAGCAGCCACCUAGGGCAAAAGGAACUACUGGUGGCAUUAGUGCAACUUUUGUAAGCUCACCUGAUGAUGUGGAGAGAUUGGAAAGGACAGCCAGUGUUAGUUCUGGUCCUGGAAAACCUUGGGUGGAUCCUUCUAUUAAGAAUAUUCAGAAUGUUCAGAGAAGUCAUUUGAAUGAACCUGUCCUUGAGAAAACCUUAAAUGUGGAGAGAACUGCAAAUAUGGCAUAUUCAGACCCUGCUUAUGGUUCUGAGAUAUCAAGGCGGCCUGCUUUACAUUCAGAAAGAAAUAGUGAAAAAUAUAAGAAACAAGGUUUUGAUAAACCAUGGUAUGAUUCUGAGAGCAGUGCCACGGGUAUAAUAUCCGGCGAAAGGAAUGGUUAUGAUCUCAAGCAUGGCCUUCAAAACUAUCAGACCCGCAAAUCGUCCAGUGCUGAAGCAUAUAUGCACACUGCACAAGAUUCUACCAAUAGAAUUGGUCCUGGGUUGAAUGGGAGUUGGAAGAAUUCUGAUGAAGAAGAAUAUCCAUGGGAUGAUAUCCAUUCAAGAUUGCCCAACCAUGCUAUAGCCAAAAACUCACUAAAAGACCACUGGGCAACUGAUGAAUUUGAAAGAAUGGAGUUGCAAACCCAGCCAAGAAGAUUGCAAAGCAAAAGGGAUGCUGGUGGAUCAGGUUUCAAUCCUGAUGUUUCUAUUUCUUCAGUAGCAAACAAACGCCAAUCAACUUUAGGAGGGGAGGGGUCACCACUGUGGCCAAGAGAACCACACGUUUUAGAUGGUGUUACUGCUCCAGUACUUCCCGCUAGAGACCUUUUGAGGCAGUCUGCUGAAGGCUAUGGUACUUCUUUUAAUCGGUUGUCGAAUUCCCAAACAAAAUUUGGACUAUCCUCAAAUGCUCUUCCUUUGGAAAAGGAGUCUCGUGCUGCUGCAUCUCCCUCUGCACACUCACCUAUGCACCAGCUUUCACCAUCACCAUCUAAUGAUCAAGGAUCAUUCAACAUGACGGAGCAAGACAAUGCAGACACUAGCACUUCUCAUUUUUCAAGGAGGUCAAGUUUAGAUCCCCGUCAGAGGUUUUAUCAGGACACUCUUUCUAGCAGUGCCGAUUUUGGCGGUAAUUCACAGAGAAAAAUUUCCCCAGGUUUAUCAUAUUCUUCUCCAAUGAUGACAUCUUCUCAAGGAAGGGACCAUUCUCCAUUCUCUAAGCAUUUAGAUCCAAAACCUAAGGUGGCUGAAUAUCUGGACCAAGGCAGGAGACAGCUGAGUUCUCAAAUUUCAGGUGCAACUGAACCACUUCAUGGGGUUUCAGCACCUGGCCACUCAAAUAUUCCUUGUGCUGAACCCACCUUGCAAGCAACUACUAGCAGCUUGUUAGCUGCUGUAAUGAGCAGUGGCAUAUUGGGUACUAAUCAUGUGGCAAUUGACAACUUGCCCAGAUCAAACUCCGAGGAUGCAGGGUCUUUGUCAUCUCAAUCAGAUACUCAUCCCCCUCCAUCAACUAUGAAGAGCAAACUUGCUGCUGUUAUAAGCCGGCCUUCAGAGGGGAAUACAUCAGUUCUCAGUACACGUUCCAAGGGAGGACAAAUGGAAAGACCACCUUUGCCACCUAGCCGAAUUUCUUCUCUCCUGGCUAGUGAAAAUUUGGCUGGUGCUGGCUCUAGUCCAGUGUCAAGCCUUUUGAGUACAUUAGUAGAGAAGGGACUGAUAACUUCAUCGAAAGAACAGUCCCCAGUUCCUAUUGAUUCACGUGUGGAUCCUCAAAUUCCAAGACAGAGUCCAACUGUAAAUACUAGUUCGGAAACUGCUUCAGCAUCUCCUGUCUGUAAAGAAAAUCCGUCAUUGUCAACGGAGUGCGACCAGUUUUUUGCAAAACCUGUCGUUAAAACUUCUGAUAGCUUACGGCAGCCCAUUUCAAGAGAUCAGAAUGGUUUGAUCGGUGUUGUUUUUAAGCCAGAUGUUAUUCGUCAACCACAUCCUGCAGUGAUCAAUGAACUUUUAGAUGAUCUUCCUCAUCAGUGCCAUACAUGUGGUCAUAAACUAAAGCUCAAGGAACAACUCGACAAGCAUUUGAUUUGGCACGAAUCCAGAAUUUCAGAUGUGGAAAUGUUGAGUAAGGCUUCAAGGAAGUGGUAUGUAAAUUCAACAGAAUGGGAUUUCGGAAAUGCAACUAGUUUCAACGAAUAUCCUGACGGGAGUCCGGAAUGUACCGAGGAGAUGGUCCCCGCUGAUGAGAGCCAGUGUUUAUGUAUCUUAUGUGGUCAGCUUUUUGAGGAUGUUUUCAGUGUUGAAAUGGAUCAGUGGAUGUUCAAAGGCGCUGUUUAUUUGAGUAGUCAGUAUUUUGCUGACAAGACACCUAGAGCUGACAUGGGUCCUGCUCUGGGUCCUAUUGUCCACAAGAACUGCAUUACUGAGACUUCUCUUCAUGAUUUGAGGCUGGUAAAGGAUGAUAUUAAACAGGAAGAUUAAUGCCUGAGAGUGCCGUAAACUCUGGAGAUCGGACACUGCAUAUAUUUCAAGGUUUAGAUGUGUGCUCAUACAGGGCAAAUCCAUGGCUCCUUAGGCAAUUAUCGGCUUUUAUUCGAGUCUAGAAGAGGUUGCAUAUGAGCGAAAGCUACACAUCGACCUGCAGAGGAGCCUCAGGUGGAGCCCAUCCCCCAGAAGAGAAUUUUGGCCAUUAAAGAAAGGUCUCGUAGUAUUAUAAUUUGCUGGUUAGGCAUCGUUCGUUAGCUUUAAUGGCCAUUGAUUAUUUCUUGUGAUAUGAACAUCUUAUUUUUCACAUUCUCUGCGUUGGAACACACACAGAAAAAACAAAAGGGGAAAUGCUUGGUCACUGCAUCCAGUUGUUGUAUACGAGUAAAUCAAAAAGGGAAAAAAAUGAACAGAUAUUGUGUGAGAGAGAGAUAUAUGGCUUGUCUUGAUUUUGUCAUUUGUAUUUUUUCCCAGACGAAAUUGGUACAGCAAUGUGUCUCUAGCUUCUAGCAUAGCAAAUCAGCAAUCUUUUGAACUUGAACCAAUGUACGGAGUAUUAUUGGAGUAAAUUUUACUCCUUUCA